AUGUCCGCUGAAAGCUCGAAACCAUCUUGCCUUGUUAUCGGUGCCGGUGGUGUUGGUGUAAUUGCUGCCUAUUCCCUUUUCAGGGCCGAUCGUAGCGAGGUGUCUAUGGUGGUGCGUUCGGAUUACGACCACGUCGUAAAACAGGGGUACUCCAUUGAUUCAUGCGACUACGGAACUAUAGAGAAUUGGAAGCCACACCGUCUUUACAAGACCGCGGAAGCCGCGUCUGCCUCCGGACAGUUUUUUGACUUUAUAGUAGUUACUGUGAAAAACAUUCCAGAUGGGCCAAAAGAUAGUACUGUUCACGAGAUCGUGCGGCCCGUGGUGGAUUCGAACCAUGCCUUGGACCCUACUCGCACUACCAGCGUGCUGCUCAUUCAAAAUGGCCUGGAUAUUGAAAAAGAACUUUUGGAACACUUUGACCCCAACGAGUACAACCUGUCAAUUCUUUCCGGUGUGCAACUGAUCGGAUCGACAAAACUUGGCGCAGGCAAGAUUGUUCAGAAGGGUCAAGAUAGACUAAGUGUUGCGCCGUUCGAUAACACAGAUGUCAAGGGUGUGGAACGCGCCAAACUGUUCAUCACGCUAUAUAGCAACAAGGGUCAUAACCUCGUGGAUUGCGAACCCAACGUGAAGUAUACGAGGUGGAGGAAAUUGCUUUAUAAUGCAGUGGUGAACCCGACCGCAGCUUUGGCCCAGCUUGAUGCUACGCGGUGCUUAAAAUUUUCCAACGGCGGAAUGAGCACCGAAAACUGCAUCUGGCGACCUGGAAUGAUGGAAAUCAUUGCAAUUGCUGCAAGUGAGGGCGUCACUAUUGAUCCCAAAGAGAUGGAUUUCUUUUUGGAUAUCACAAAGAGUAUGAUGCACAAGCCAUCAAUGUGUGUUGACUACGAAAAGGGCCAACUAAUGGAACUUGAGGUCAUCUUGGGAAACCCCCUCAAGGUGGCCGAAAGGAAUGGUGUUCCUGCACCUACUUUGAGCGUGCUCUACCAUUUGAUGACAAUUUUACAGGGUAAGAUUAAAGAGAGCAAGGGCAUUGUCCGCUUUGAUGAAGAGAUCAUGGAUAUUGCCAAGGUCGUAGAGUAA